AUGAACUUUACAAAAGCCUCUCAACUUCAAACACAGGAUGAAACCAAUAAAGUACAACAAAUUAAUAAAAGUUGUGGUAUAAAUGAUUCGCCUAUAUCUACUGUUCAAACUCAAACUAAAGCUUCUGCAACACAAAAUAUUCAAAAUUCAAAAGAGGCUGAUAAGAAAGAGAAUCUACCGCAUACAACUGAAGAUUAUCCUGAUCUAGAAAGGAGUACCACUUUUACGAAAACAAGUAAAAGGAAUUCAAUAACGGUAUUAUGCGAACUAAGAGAAAUUCAAUUGGAUUUCAAAAGAUAUCAAGUUAAAAGAAAGCCUGAAUUUAUCUACAAUCAAUAUAAUAAAUUAUUUGUUAGUAGUAGAAAUGAAGACUCAUGCGUUUUAAAUUGGAGACAAACCAUACCUCUAAACUCUGGUGAGGAAACAUCCGUCAUGGAUCCCAUGAUUAGACAACCAUAUACUCAAAAUCUGGUGCUAAAUGUCCUAUUGACUUAUAGCAAAAAAACUGGUUCAUUAAGGGGCCCAAAGGUGAACAAUGUGCCCUUGAAAAUUUCCGACAAUGGACGAUCACAGAAUCCUUCAAUUCUCAAAUGCUACAUGAGCAGAAACUAG